CCAGAAGACGAGGUCAUCAAAAUCAACCUUCUUUAUCUUAUAGCUCUUAGUUACAAAUAAAAAGAAUUUGAGUCGGAAUACUAAUUUGGCUUAUUCAAAGCUGACCAAAAUUAUUUUCAACAUUGAGUCUAAGGAUCUGAUUAAGUACACCUGGGGGUUACUUAUGAUUCCAUACUUCAAAGGGCGAAAAGCUGUUGAAAGAAGCGUCGAAAGUUUGCGCACACUUAUGGACUUCUAUUAUGUUGUUCCCAGUGAAGAUGUGCUCAGCCAGUUUUACACUGAAAAGGAGAAGAACUUCCAUAAUCAAGAGGUUGUUCUAAACUAUCUUCUGACCAAAAAGUUCUUUGAAGAGUUCAAAGAAGAAGAGAUUAUGAAUUUGAUUAUCCCAAAAAUGAAGUUGUCAAAGUAUCAAAAGAACGAAGUUGUAUUUAUGAAGCAAAAUACCAUCAGAAUUGUCAUCACUGGAGACAUCAUCAUGAAAUCUCAUAAAAUCAGAAUUUACCCCUCCAAAUUGAUGGUCAACUUUAAAGAAGGAGAUAUCAUGGGUAGUUGUGAAGGAAAUGAUAUUUGUUACGAUUCUGAUAAUUGGUGAAUCACUCGGUGAGAGACUUCAUGCGCAACUUUUACUAAUAAGGAAUUUCAGCCAAUUUGGGACAUUUAUGUAAAACAGAAGAAAAAUGCCGGUUUGAAGAUGAUAUCUAUCUCUCUGUUAAACCAUAAGAGUACUACCUCUACUCUGAUACCCUUGGUUAAAAUUUUGAAGCCGAUAACUUAUCUUUCAAGUAAGACUUUAUGAAAGAUCAUCCCAUAUCUCGAGUUGAGGAAAUACAAAACUAAUUCCUUGAUUCAGCCCCAGUCCAAAAAGUCACUGAUUAAUAAGGACUACAUAGAAUUUUACAAAUUAUACAACAUGAAGCUGAAAACUGAGGCUUUAAAAGCAAAGAGGUAAUGAUGCUUCCCACCAUCAGGGAGAGUUUGAGAGAAUCAUUUCACUAUU